AUGAACACCACGGACACCACAGACACCACAGACCCCACCCUCACGGAUUACUACAACAAUUACUAUCUCGCCGACUCUUUCCCCGAGCCUUGCAAGAAACAGAGCGUCAAGAAAUUUGGGGGCCUCUUCCUGCCCCCCCUCUACCUCUUGGUCUUCCUGUUUGGGCUGCUUGGAAACGCCUUGGUGGUCCUGGUCCUGUUUAAGUACAAGCGCCUCCGGUCCAUGACGGACGUGUACCUGCUCAACCUCGCCAUCUCCGACCUGCUCUUCGUGCUCUCCCUCCCGUUCUGGGCCUACUACGCGGCCGACCAGUGGGUGUUCGGACUGGGUCUCUGCAAGAUCGUCUCCUGGAUCUACCUGGUGGGCUUUUACAGCGGCAUCUUCUUCAUCAUGCUCAUGAGCAUCGACCGGUACCUGGCGAUCGUGCACGUGGUGUUCUCCCUGAGAGCCAGGACCGUGACCUACGGGGUCAUCAUCAGCUUGGCCACGUGGUCGGUGGCCAUCUCCGUCUCCCUGCCGGGCCUCCUCUUCAGCACGUGCUACACGGAGGGCGGCCACGUCUACUGCAAGUACACGUUCCACGCCAAGCGGUGGAAGGUCCUGAGCGCCCUGGAGGUCAACGUGCUGGGCCUGAUGGUCCCCUCGGCGAUCAUGCUGUUCUGCUACUCCCGCAUCAUCCGGACCCUGCAGCACUGCAAGAACGAGAAGAAGAGCAAGGCGGUGAAGAUGAUCUUCGCCGUGGUGGUCCUCUUCCUGGGCUUCUGGACGCCCUACAACGUCACGCUCUUCCUGGACACGCUGGUGGAGCUGCAGGUGCUGCAGGGCUGCGCCGCGGAGAGGCGCCUGGCCUACGCCCUCCAGGCCACCGAGGCGCUGGCCUUCGUGCACUGCUGCCUGAACCCGGUCGUCUACUUCUUCCUGGGCGAGAAGUUCCGCAAGUACAUCGCCCAGCUCUUCAAAGCCUGCCGCGGCGCCCCCGCGCUCUGCAAGCACUGCGGGCUCCUCCAGGGCUACUUCCCCGACGCCCCCAGCUCCUCGUUCACGCAGUCCACCCUGGACCACGAGCUGCGCGAUGCCGCGCUGUAG